AUAGCAGUCAGAUUAAAAAUAAAAAAUAGAAUUAUAUUGUAAACAUUGUUAAAAUUGAAUCUUAAUAAAAGAAAUGGAUUGAUCUACAAUGUGUAACAAACAUUCAAUAAAUUUACAUUUGAAAAGAGGAAACCAUUAUAUGAUUUUUCAUAUUCAGACUAAUAUGAAGGUGACAGGAGUAAAGUGAACACGGACUACCAAACAAAACAUACAUUAUUACGCGGACCCAUCAAAGUAACGUUAAUUAUUGCACUAACCAACUAUAUGAACAAAAUGAUCCAUAAAUGGAUACGGAUGUAUUCUUUAUUGCACUAACCAACUAUAUGAACAAAAUGAUCCAUAAAUGGAUACGGAUGUAUUCUUUAUUGCACCAACCAACUAUAUGUACUCCUAUCAAGCAGCCACAUUUAUUGCACCAACACUUAUCAUGUUUAUUCAAGUUUGAUUUUGGAGACCCAACAAGCAGCCAUCCACAUUCAUACUAAGAUUUCAUAUCAUGGCUUCGGGAUCACGUUCCUCUUCCUCUUCCUCCAAUUACCACGUGUUCCUCAGCUUCAGAGGGGAAGACACACGUCUUGCUUUUACUGGCCAUCUCUACAAAGCUCUUCAUGACAAGGGAAUCCACACUUUCAUUGAUGAUGAGAAGCUUCAAAGAGGGGAGGAAAUAACACCAGCACUUAUGAAGGCAAUUCAAGAUUCCAGAGUUGCCAUCACUGUGCUCUCUGAACACUAUGCUUCUUCUUCGUUUUGUUUAGAUGAACUUGCAACCAUCCUUCACUGUCACCAGAGGAAACGGUUGUUGGUUAUACCGGUCUUUUAUAAGGUGGAUCCUUCUGAUGUGAGACACCAGAAAGGUAGUUAUGGAGAAGCAUUGGCAAAGCUUGAGAGGAGGUUCCAGCAUGACCUGGAGAAGUUGCAAAGAUGGAAAAUGGCUCUGCAGCAAGUAGCUGACUUAUCUGGCUAUCAUUUCAAAGAGGGAGAUGGAUAUGAAUUCAAGUUUAUUGAGAAGAUUGUUGAGCAGGUAUCCAGGGUGAUUAAUCCUCGUACUUUACAUGUUGCGGAUUACCCAGUUGGACUAGAGUCACGAGUGCUAGAUGUAAGGAGACUUUUGGAUGCUGGAUCUGAUUAUGAUGUCCACAUGAUAGGGAUUCAUGGAAUGGGCGGGAUAGGAAAAUCAACACUUGCUCGAGCUGUCUAUAAUGAAUUGAUAAUUGCUGAGAAGUUUGAUGGUUUGUGUUUUCUUGCAAAUGUGAGGGAAAACUCAAACAAAAACGGGUUAGAACACCUCCAAAGAAUCCUUCUUUCAGAAAUACUCGGAGAGAUGAACAUCAACUUAACAAGUAAGCAACAAGGAAUUUCAAUCAUACAGUCUAGGCUCACGGGAAAGAAGGUUCUCUUGAUUCUAGACGAUGUUAACACACGCGAGCAAUUACAAGCAAUUGCUGGAAGACCUGAUUGGUUUGGUCCCGGCAGCAAAAUCAUCAUCACAACUCGGGACAAACAAUUGCUAAGAUCUCAUGAAGUUAAUAAAACAUAUGAGAUGAAGCAAUUGGAUGAGAACGAUGCUCAUCAGUUGCUUACAUGGCAAGCUUUUAAAAAGGAAAAAGCUUGUCCAACUUAUGUGAAGGUCUUGAAACGUGCAGUAACUUAUGCUUCUGGUCUUCCAUUGGCGUUGGAAGUAAUAGGUUCCCACUUGAAGGGAAAAAGUAUACAAGAAUGGGAAUCUGCCAUCAAACAAUAUAGAAGAAUUCCCAAGAAGGAAAUUUUAGAUAUACUUAAAGUAAGCUUUGAUGCUUUGGAGGAAGAAGAAAAGAAUGUUUUUCUUGACAUUGCUUGUUGCUUCAAUGGAUGGGGAUUGACAGAGGUUGAACAUAUACUUCGUGGUCGUUAUGAUGACUGCAUGAAACAUCAUAUUGGGGUGUUGGUUGAAAAAUCUCUCAUAAAGUUUAGUGGGUGGUGGUGGGGUGUUAACAUGCAUGACUUGAUUCAGGACAUGGGCAGGCGAAUUGACCAACAAGAAUCCUCAAAAGAGCCAGGGAAGCGAAGGAGAUUGUGGUUAACAAAAGAUAUAAUUCAAGUUUUAGAAGACGACUCGGGAACCAGUGAAAUUGAAAUCAUAUGUCUGGAUUGCUCCUUAUCCGAGAAAGAAGCAACAAUAGAAUGGAAUGGAAAUGCCUUGGAAAAGAUGAAAAACCUUAAAAUACUUAUUAUUAGAAGUGGUAAAUUUUCCAAAGGUCCCAAUUAUUUUCCAGAAAGUUUAAGAGUACUGGAAUGGCACCGGUAUCCUUCUAAUUGUUUACCAUCUAAUUUUCAUCCGAAGGAACUUGCCAUAUGCAAGUUACCUCAAAGUUGCAUUACGUCAUUUGGGUUCCAUGGCUCAGGGAAGAAGUUAAGGAAUCUAAAGGUUUUGAAUUUUAAAGAGUGUGAAUCUUUAACAGAGAUACCUGACGUAUCUGAUCUCCCUAAUUUGGAAGAACUUUCAUUUGAUGGGUGUGUGAAUUUAAUUACAGUUCACCACUCAAUUGGUUUUCUAAAUAAACUUCAACUAUUGAAUGCUACACGGUGCAGGAAGCUUACCACAUUUCCACCUCUCAACUUGGCCUCUCUUGAAAGACUUGGACUUUCAUUUUGUUCGAGUCUUGAGAAUUUUCCAGAAAUAUUAGGAGAGAUGAAAAACUUAUCGAUGCUUGAAUUGUUUGACCUUGGCUUAAAAGAAUUGCCAGUUUCAUUUCAAAAUCUUGUUGGACUCGAAACUUUAUCCCUGCGUGAUUGUGGAAUUCUUUUGUUACCAAGUAACAUUGUCAUGAUGCCUAAACUGUCUUCAUUGAAAGCUACAAGUUGCAAGGGGUUGCAAUGGGUAAAAUCAGAAGAGGGUGAAGAAAAAAUGGGCUCAAUAGUAUGUUCCAAUGUAUAUCACUUCAGUGUCGAUGGUUGCAACCUGUAUGAUGAUUUUUUUUCAACAGGUUUCAUGCAGUUUGAUCAUGUGAAAACUUUAAACCUAAGGGACAAUAAUUUCACAUUCCUUCCUGAAUGCAUCAGAGAAUUACAAUUUUUAACAAGACUUGAUGUGAGUGGUUGCUAUCAUCUUCAGGAAAUUAGAGGGGUUCCACCAAACUUAAAAGAUUUCAAGGCAAGAGAAUGUAUUUCCUUGUCUUCCUCGAGUUCAAGCAUGUUAUCAAAUCAGGAAUUGCAUGAGGCUGGACAAACUAAGUUUUGGUUUCCAGGAGCAACUAUUCCAGAGUGGUUCAAUCACCAAAGUAGGGGACCUUCAAGUUCUUUCUGGUUUCGUAAUAAAUUCCCUGACAAUGUUCUUUGUCUUCUUCUAGCAAGUGUGGAUGGCGUGAAUGAAUAUAAUAUGCCCAUGCCCUCGGUGUUCGUCAAUGGUGAACUUCAUGAAAUUCCCUCUUGGGGAACUCGAGUAAGAAAGGUGAAAUUGGAUUAUACAUAUCUAUUUGACCUAAAUUCAACUUUAUAUGAUCUUUAUUAUCAAUAUGAAGUGGAUUUAGAAAAGGAAUGGAACCAUGUGGAAAUUACAUACGCAGGUCUGUUAGAGACCUCACUGGUUAAAGCAAUCGGAAUCCAUGUAUUUAGACAGGAUGAUAUUCGAUAUGAUGAUCCCUAUGGCAAGAGAAAAUUCGAGCAUGAUCUCAACAGUUUUGAAUCACAACCACUCAUUAAAAGGCCUAGGUUAUCGAGGUGGGUUGGCCCUGAAAGAAUUAUAAAUGUUCUGGGGAAUGCUGCAGAUGGAGCUUUAAUUACUAAUGCCGAGAGGAGAUAUAGGCAUAUUUCUAUGGACUCCUGUUGUCCGCAAUGCCUCUUUUUGGAGGAGACAUGUCUGCAUGUUCUUCGUGAUUGUCCAAAGGUGGCUGCAUUUUGGAUAAGUGUGUUACCAAAGAAAUUAGCACCAAAGUUUUUUAAUGGUGAUGUGACAGUGUGGCUGGAAACAAAUUUAUCUUUUUCAGAGGCAGCUUUUUUUUGGCCAACUUUUUUUGGGAUUGCAGUGGAACUGGUGUGGGAAUCCCGCAACGACCUUGUGUUCUCUCAACAUAGCACUUCGAGAUAUUUAGAUCGUAGUAUUGUCUUUAAGCGCUAUAAAGAUUAUAUGAGAGCCCAUGCUUCUCACACUUUGAUGACGAGGAAUCUCUUUAAGUGGAGGAGGCCUUUGUUACAAUAUUUUUAUUGGUUGUUGAGGCUAAAUGUGAGUGGUGCCUAUAAUCCCUCUUCAGGUACCGCUGCAUGCGGAGGUAUAUUCAGUGACAACUGUGGUAGAUUCGUGCUUGGGUUUUCGGUGAAGCUUGGGGAAUGUUGGUCAAAUGAUGAGGGUGAAAUAUGGGGUAUUUAUCAUGGUAUGAAGAUUGCAAGGAAGUAUGAUAUUUGGGGUUUAUAUCGUCAUAUUCUAAGGCAGCGUAGCAUUCGAAUAAGUCCUAAGAUUGCAAGGCAGCAUGAUUUUGGUAAAAUUUUUGUGGAAUCGGGCUCUGAGAAAGCUAUUGGGUUUGUGUUAGAUGGAUGCCCUACAUCUCCAUCUCCAUCUACAUCUACAUCUCCAUCUACAUGUACAUCGCUGGAGCAUUCUUUCCCACUCUGAUGAGUUGAAAGCUCUAACCUCUGCUACAGAUCACUUAUACUUCAAUUACAAACCGCACCAUGCUGCUGCUGAUUCCUUUGCCAAAUUCGGUUUAUCCAUGAAACAGCAGGCUGCGUCAAUUUUUUCUGCUUGUCCCUCCUUUUGCCAACCUUUUAUUAAAGAAUACAGAUAAAUGUUAAAUAAA